CGCAUGCGUGGUCGCCUUUGUGUGGGUCGAGCGGCGGCUGUGGCGGCGGCAGUGGCGGUCCCAGUGGCAGGCGGGCGAGAGGCGAGUCCGGGCGGCGUCCGGCGUGGGGACCGAGGGACCACCAUGGUGAAGAAGCGGAAAGGCCGCGUGGUGAUCGACUCCGACACAGAGGACAGUGGAAGCGACGAGAACUUGGAUCAGGAGCUCUUGUCCUUGGCAAAACGUAAGCGGAGUGACUCUGAGGAGAAGGAGCCACCUGUGACCCAGCCUGCAGGCUCCUCAGACUCUGAGACAUCUGACAGUGAUGAUGAGUGGACGUUUGGGAGCAAUAAAAAUAAGAAGAAAGGAAAGACCAGAAAAACAGAGAAGAAAGGAACUAUGAAGAAACAGGCCAGCAAAACUGCUUCUUCAGGCAGUUCGGACAAAGACAGCUCAGCUGAGAGCUCAGCCCCUGAGGAAGGUGAAGUGUCUGAUUCUGAUAGCAACAGUUCCUCCUCCAGUUCAGAUUCAGAUUCUUCCUCGGAAGAUGAGGAAUUUCAUGAUGGCUAUGGAGAAGACCUUAUGGGAGAUGAAGAGGACAGGGCCCGUCUGGAACAAAUGACAGAGAAGGAGAGAGAACAAGAGCUGUUCAAUCGUAUAGAGAAGAGAGAGGUGUUGAAAAGAAGAUUUGAAAUCAAGAAAAAACUGAAAACAGCCAAAAAGAAAGAAAAGAAAGAAAAAAAGAAAAAGCAAGAAGAAGAACAGGAAAAGAAAAAGCUGACACAGAUUCAGGAAUCUCAGGUAACAUCCCACAAUAAGGAAAGGCGUUCCAAACGGGAUGAGAAGCUAGAUAAGAAAUCUCAAGCCAUGGAGGAGCUAAAAGCAGAGCGAGAAAAACGGAAGAACAGAACUGCUGAGCUCCUCGCUAAAAAGCAGCCAUUGAAAACCAGUGAGGUGUACUCUGAUGAUGAAGAGGAGGAGGAAGAUGAUAAAUCCAGUGAAAAGUCAGAUCGCUCAUCCCGAACAUCAUCAUCCGAUGAAGAAGAAGAAAAAGAAGAGAUCCCUCCAAAAUCACAGCCUGUCUCUUUGCCUGAAGAAUUGAAUAGGGUUCGAUUAUCACGGCAUAAACUAGAACGCUGGUGUCACAUGCCCUUCUUUGCUAAAACGGUCACAGGAUGUUUUGUACGGAUUGGCAUUGGAAACCACAACAGCAAGCCAGUUUACCGGGUUGCUGAGAUCACAGGUGUUGUAGAAACCGCCAAAGUUUACCAGCUAGGUGGCACCAGAACAAACAAAGGACUCCAACUACGGCAUGGCAAUGACCAACGAGUGUUUCGCCUAGAGUUUGUCUCAAACCAGGAAUUCACUGAAAGUGAGUUUAUGAAGUGGAAAGAAGCGAUGUUCUCUGCUGGAAUGCAGUUGCCUACUCUGGAUGAAAUCAACAAGAAAGAGUUAUCUAUUAAAGAAGCUCUUAACUAUAAAUUCAAUGAUCAGGACAUUGAAGAGAUUGUAAAGGAGAAAGAAAGGUUCAGAAAAGCUCCACCCAACUAUGCUAUGAAGAAGACUCAGUUGCUAAAAGAAAAGGCCAUGGCAGAGGAUCAAGGGGAUCAAGACAAGGCCAAACAAAUUCAAGACCAGCUGAAUGAGCUAGAGGAGCGGGCAGAGGCCCUGGACCGCCAGCGGACCAAGAAUAUAUCUGCUAUCAGUUACAUCAACCAGCGAAACCGGGAGUGGAACAUUGUGGAGUCUGAGAAGGCCCUUGUGGCUGAAAGCCACAACAUGAAAAACCAGCAGAUGGACCCCUUCACUAGGCGGCAGUGCAAGCCUACUAUUGUGUCAAAUUCUAGAGACCCGGCUGUUCAAGCUGCCAUCUUGGCCCAAUUGAAUGCAAAAUACGGUUCUGGAGUGUUACCAGAUGCUCCAAAGGAAAUGAGCAAGGGUCAGGGAAAGGAUAAAGAUUUGAAUUCUAAGUCAGCCAGUGACCUCUCAGAAGACUUGUUCAAAGUACACGAUUUUGAUGUGAAAAUAGAUCUGCAAGUUCCCAGCUCAGAAUCAAAAGCAUUGGCCAUCACCUCCAAGGCUCCGCCAGCCAAGGAUGGGGCUCCCAGGAGAUCUCUGAACUUGGAAGACUACAAAAAACGACGGGGACUUAUUUGAGCACACUCAGCCUGCUGCUUCUGACCCUGCAUGCCCCAUCACCAUGUCCUACCUGCCCUUCUUCCCUUGGAUUUGUCCUUUGUGGGCCAGAGCAGCAGUUAAGACUAGGGAGAGACUUUGAACUGCCAGUCGCCUGUAAUAUAAAACCAUUUGUGUAUAGACUGCUUCCUCUGCACCAUCUCCCAACAUCUCAGGCAGGCCCACCCAGUGCUGACCUGAGCUCACUCAUUUUUCUCCAUGUCUUUAGAUUUGUGUUUGCCUCCCCCACCCCACCCCACCCCCAGCCCAGAUCCAGCACAGUCAGUCGAUUAAUUGGUCACUCUGCACACAUUCAGUAUUACCAUGGAGCUGGGAUUCUUGCUGGCACCAUGGUGGCAGUGGCAGCAGCACUGGGCAGUCUCCCACCUCAGACUUACCUACUGAACACUUAUCACCUGGCACCUGGCCCUAUGAAGGGAAUGGGCACUGAACACCUGCAGUUCUCCUUCCUGUCCCCUCAUCCUUCUCUUCCCAUCUCUGUGGAAGGGACCUCUUUAAAACUAAUUUAGUUUCCAAAAAGUGUACAUUGCGGUGGGGGGUGGGGGUGGGGUAUAUUUGUGAGAGAGAGAAAGUGAGUGUGUGUGUGUGUGUCUGUUUUUUUUUUUUUUAACAUUUUUUUAAAAAAAUACAGUACUCUUUGUAUCAGUCUCUCAUGGGUCUAGAGCUGUUUCAGAUUUUUUUUUCAGCUGUACUUGAGCAUCUGAAACUGCAAGAAAGAAACUCAUUAAAUGUGAUUCUUCUUACUAAACAGACCUGACUGCUGUAGCUGUGUCACUUCCCUCCCUCCCACCUCCUCUCUGAGAACCCCCUCAUUUGGCCCCUCCCUUAAAGGUUGUGUCCUGGUAGGUGGGAGGGCAGCCCAUGGCCAGGUGCCGGGGUUGGGGGGUACAGGUCCCUUCUCAUCUAGUAGGGACAGCCACAGCUCCCUAGAACAGUGUAUCUUCUUCCUACCCUGUGAACUUGUUUGAUCUUGGUAAUUCUGUCUUGCUUUCUCAGCAAGAAUAACUUUGUUUUUAGGAAAAUAUCCAGCAGGAAUGUGGAAAGAACAAACACAGAUUUAGGUUACAAAUGUUAAAAGCAUGUGCAGUUUUGCGUGUGUAUGUAUAUAUGUGGUGAGCAUAUAUACUGUUGUGCAGCUAGGGAGAAGCCAACAGAGUUGUGUAUGUCUUUAUGAAGUGUUUGAAAAAAGAUUAACUGACUGCUUGAUAAUCAUUCUCAGGUGUAAAGCUCCAAGUGUAAAUAAAAAUGACAUUUAACAAAAUCUUUUCAGAACAAAGUACAGCUGACUAUAUAUACCACAGCUAAUUAAUCUAGAAGCUCUCCUUUGGACCACUUAACCCUACUUUUCUGUAAAGGAGGAUGAUGGGAAAUCAUGGGGUUAAGUUGUAUUUAAACAAAACAAUGAACUUGCUUUAACUCAGUUUGCACUUUUUUUUAAUUAAAAAGCAAUUAGGGGUUGUUUUUUUUUAAGUAUUGUGACUGUAAAUUGAUAAUUCUGACUGUAACACAGCUAUGUGGUAGCUGUGACACGCAUCAGUUGGGCAAAGACUGGUGAUGGACUUGUUAAAAUCAUAUAUACUUGAAUAGUCCAUUGACCAAAACUUUUUAUAGGUUAUUGUGUAAAUGUGGAAUCACAGACUUUUAACAUAGCCUGAACUCUGGCAGAGUCCUGCAGGCUGUUGGCAAAUCCUAUCAUGAUAAGCUUGGACUUUUUUUCUUUCUGGCUAUAAAAGACAUGAUCAUAGAAUCCAUAUAAUUUGCUGGAGUAAUUCUGGUCCACAAUGUAGAUCUGUAUUUAGUAUCAUUUGGAUUUUGGAGAAGUGUCCAUUACAUUAUGGCUGUGUAAUAAAAUUUUUAUUAAACUGCA